AUUUUGAUUAUGCUUAUCUUAAAAAUAUAAUUUAAAAUUAAGGAGAGAAGAGAGAGUUUAAUAUGCAAGUUCAAAUUUUUAUUUUUUGAAAGAAAGUCCCAAGAAAUAAUGGCAGCCCGAGUAAUCACUUAAAGCAACCAUUUUUUUGUUCCUUUCCGUUUUCGUCUUCUUCUUCUUCAAUCAAAUCCAAACCAAGAAGCUUCAUAUUUUUUUAAAGCGACAGUCUCAGGCGGAGGCGCCGUUUUUGGAACCGCAAGCGUUCCUCCCACUGCACAAACAAGUUUUGGGCGUUCCUCCCCUGUUAAUCGAUGAUGAGUAUACAGUCAUGCAAUGCCAUGAAGUUCAAGUACUUGACAUUGCCUAAUUGAUUUUAAAGAUAUAUGAGAUAGAACUUCUUUAUAAAAAUUCAAAUGUGCAUAAAUGAUGCUUUGGUAAAGGUUUCUGAGACCCUACAAAGAUGAUGAAGUCUUCCGACUCUUCAGAGGAGUUUGGAAAGCAUGCAGACUCUGUGCAUCAUGUGAGGGAAGACAGUGAAUAUGUUAGGCUUGUUAUAAAUGAAAGAAGAACAGAAACUGAAAUGUUGCAACCUGAGGCAGAAGCAAGGAAGUCUUUGCUUUGGUGGGUCAAAGCCUUAUUGUUUUGUGUUGUUGUCACUAUAUCUAUUCUCCUUCUGUUGAAAUGGGGAGUUCCAUUUGUUUUCGAAAAGGUUCUCAUCCCAAUCAUGCAAUGGGAAGCCACUGCUUUUGGACGCCCUGUUCUUGCCAUAGUUCUUGUUGCUUCUCUGGCUCUUUUUCCUGUGUUCUUAAUACCUUCUGGCCCAUCUAUGUGGUUGGCUGGAAUGAUUUUUGGAUAUGGUCUAGGGUUUGUUAUAAUUAUGGUAGGAACAACUAUUGGAAUGGUCCUGCCAUAUUUAAUUGGUCUUCUAUUUCGUGAACGAAUCCAUCAAUGGUUGAAUAGAUGGCCACAGAAGGCUGAAAUGCUUAGACUUGCUGGAGAAGGGAGCUGGUUCCAUCAAUUCCGAGUAGUAGCUAUCUUUAGGGUCUCACCGUUUCCAUACACAAUCUUCAAUUAUGCAAUUGUUGUAACAAGUAUGCGAUUUUGGCCUUAUUUAUGGGGAUCCAUCGCUGGAAUGGUACCAGAGGCUUUCAUUUACAUUUACAGUGGUCGGUUAAUAAGGACAUUAGCAAAUGUUCAGUAUGGAAACUAUCACAUGACUACAGUGGAGAUUGUAUACAAUAUUAUUUCAUUUAUCAUUGCCAUUAUUACAACAGUUGCUUUCACCGUUUAUGCAAAAAGAGCUCUCAAUGAACUCGAAAUGGCAGAUACUAAUGGAGAAGUAUCUGUGGGCAACCACGGUAAUUUCGAGAUGGAGAAGCUUCCACUUGAAAGACCUAAGCAUAUGGGACUUUCAUAUAUGUCAUCUGCUGAGAAAUAACUUAGAUAGCCUAAAAGAAUCAGAAAUUUUAGAGGUAUUAGAUUCUUUAACUUGUAAUCUUUCUUUCUUUCUUUUUUAGUUUUGAAGGUAGUUUUGAUCUUUGUAAUUACAAGAGAAGGGGAACAAAAUAUAGGGAAAGAAAAAAAAAUUAACUGUUUGUAUAAAAUGGAAAAGAUUUAUAAGAACAUCGGUGUCUAGUAACGUUUGUUAUGCAGAAAAAGGUGGCACCAAUUCUUGAUUA